GGGACAUAUUAAUACUUCCGCUACCGGCAAACAUGGGUUCCCGAUAUGAUAGAGCAAUAACGGUUUUUUCGCCUGAUGGUCACCUUUUUCAAGUUGAAUAUGCCCAAGAAGCUGUUAAGAAAGGUUCUACAGCGGUCGGUGUGAGGGGGGAAAACAUAGUUGUUUUAGGCGUAGAGAAAAAAGCUGUUGCAAAAUUACAAGAAGAAAGAACUGUACGUAAAAUAGCUCUUUUGGAUGAACAUGUUGCCAUGGCAUUUGCUGGCUUAACCGCUGAUGCUCGAAUUUUGAUUAAUAGAGCUAGAGUUGAAUGCCAAAGCCAUCGUCUAACUGUAGAAGAUCCUGUAACACUAGAAUAUAUUACACGAUACAUUGCACAAAUGAAACAAAAGUACACUCAAAGCAACGGGCGACGACCCUUCGGUUUAUCAACACUUUUGAUUGGUUUCGACUACGAUGGAACUCCAAGAUUAUACCAAACAGACCCCUCUGGUACCUACCAUGAGUGGAAGGCAAAUGCUAUUGGAAGAUCCGCCAAAUCUGUUCGAGAAUAUCUAGAGAAACAUUAUACAGAGGAAGUUGCUAAAUCAGAAAAUGAGACCAUAAAAUUGGCAUUGAAAGCGUUAAUGGAGGUUGUUCAGUCUGGUAGUAAGAAUGUAGAACUUGCAAUAAUGAGACGUGGAGAACCUCUUAAGAUGCUGGAUGUAGAUGAAUUAGACAAGUAUAUCACCGAAGUUGAAAAAGAAAAAGAAGAAGAAGCUGAGAAGAGAAAGAAAAAACUCUAG